AUGCGAAUCAACAGCUUCAAUCAUCGCUGUACAGGUCGCAAAAACGUGUGUUCAUUGGGUGCGCGGCUCAGCGUGUAUCAUCUUGAUGGUCACGCACGCGUAGCCCCAACGGAUGGCUCGAAGCACUCUUCCCAGCAUGACGCCUAUCUAUGA